AGACGAUGAAUAUGUAAAAAAUAAUUUGAACGAUGGUGAUCGACAACCCAUGGCGUAAAUUUUUGCGAAAAAAACGCGUUCUGAAAACGCGUUUUUUCAUAGCCGCAAAACGCGUUAAUGCUGGCCGGUUUAACGCGUUUCACAUUUGCUAAAAUAAACGUUGCGAAACGAUUUUUUCUUAAAAUCAUUUCGCAGUGUUUCUGAAUCUGUGGUAUUGCAUACUUUGAAGGAUAGAAAAAAACAAAACCCGUCAAGUACUUCGUAGAACUCAACUUGCAAGUGCGAUCUAUAUACUGGCUUACAUUAAUUCAUAGAAUUAUAGAGUUAACUUACAUUAGUUUCGAUAAAGUUAAGAGGUGGAUUCGAACAGGAGAACAUAAGAAUAGAAGAUAUGUAUACAAACCGUUCAACUAAAAUAGUCGAAUGAUAUAAGUGUUUGCUCUAUUCUUAUUUAGAUGUCUUGUACAAAUUUAUGAUUCGAAUAAAUUUUGUUUCAGGUCUGAAUGAAUCGAUGAAAAAUGAUAUUCUUGGUGCUGCUUUUAUCCAAGGAAGAGUGUCAUUUUCCGUCAAUUUAUUUUAAAUUUAACUUUUAGAAAUUUUAAUUUGUAAAACUUUAUUUUUUUAAAGUUUAAAUACCCAAUUAAAAUGAAUUUAAUUCCAUAUAAAUUGAAUUAAAAAUUUUAAAAAGAUUAAAUUUCGUAAAUUUAAAUUCAAAAGAACUGUAAUCGUAAUUUUGCAAAAUUUGCAAAGUUUUUGUUGAAUUGAAUGUUUUUUUGUAAAUGUAAAUCCAUGAUCAGUAAAUCCAAGUGCAAUCAUAACUACAAAAAUAUUUUUUCUGUAAUUCGAACCUCUUUUAUCAACAAGCUGCACUUACAUACAUCGAUAGUGUACGAACGAAAGUGAUAUUCUAGUCAUGUUUCGGAGAGUAUAUAAUCAGUUACUAUAACGCAGUCCAUACAUAAAUUAACAAUAAUUAUUAUUAUAAAUCAUAAAUUAUUCGAAAAUACUUUUUCACACAACAACAUUGAGCUGUCCUACGGAUUAUUUUUGCAUCAGUCUUUACUGAAUUUCUUCAAAUUCUUCAACAUUUUACAGAAUUCUAGAUUCAAUGCUACGAAACGCGUUUUCUUUGAAUGAAAACGUAGUGAAAUGAGUUUUCUAACAGAAGAUAACUGUAGAAUACACUCUGAUGUUCAAUACUAGCCUAACUUCGAAACAGCCUUAGAAAACGACGUAAUUCGUUGAAGUCUUAGAAGAACUUAAUUCUGACCUUGGCUAAGGAAGACCUGCGCCGCCAUCUUAAGGAUCAAAAACAAUGCAAUCAGUAAAUUUUUGUAAAACCGUUUCGCAUAAUUUCCAAAAUCAUAUCAGAGUUGACUUUUCUUAACUCACAUGCUUUUUGAAGAUGAAUUGGUGCGAGAUGCUGUAACAAAAGAGAUCAGUUUUGCAUCAUUCGAAGCGUAACCGAUGAAAAUGCAUUUUAAAAGAACCUGUUUCGCAUUUUCUCCGAGUUGUGACUCUGUACAAUGCUUUUCUUGUCGACUUAAUGAGUUUAACAGCGUUUCAUUUGGGAAACACUUCGAAACGUAAUCGCAAAAAGAAGCGUUUCGUAUCGUUUCAAAAACUCAAGGCAGCAAAACGCGUUCUAUAUAAGUAAAAAUACUGUGAAACGCAUUCCGUCUUGAAGAAACGCUGCGAAACGCAUGCCCCAAACUUGGAAACGCGUUACACAGUGCGUUUCCUUAGAUAUCUUACGCCAUGGGAACAUUUUUUGUUACCAACAGCACAAGGUAAGCAAUGUAGAUACACUUAACUUGCAUGUUGAAUGUCAUGUCUGUAGGAAGUUAAAUAUAGAUCUAUUCUUUUAUAUUUUUAGCUUCAACAUUUUAUAAAAUUCGUGCAAAAACAUUGCCAUCUAAUCCAAAAUCAUUGGAUUUUGAAGUUCCAGAAUCAUAUUCAAAAACGUAUAGUGGAGAACAAUUUUUAAUCUAUGAUUCAACAUAUAAAAAAUUAGGUGGACGAUUAAUGAUUUUUACCACCGAAGUAUUAAUUAAAAUGUUAUAUAGUUGUGAAGUAAUAUUAAUUGAUGGUACGUUUAAAACACGCCCUAUUAUGUUUUCUCAGUUUCCUGAUAUUUCUAUCCAUGGAUGUUGGUAUCAUUUCACCUAA